GGUAAGGUGACGCACAUAGCCGUAAAUCCAUGGUUGACCUCGGUUGACCUGCUGCAAAGUGGUGCCGGCGGGAGUUACCAUAGCAACGACUGGAUUACGGCCGUCAGAAUUGCCGCAGCAGCGCAUCCUUAGCUUUCUAUCGUCUUUUCGAAUCCUCUUUUUGUCCAACAUGAUUUGGCGUUGUUUCUUGUGUUACAUAUUUGUGGCGCUGACUCUAAAACAGUUGUUGAGUCACAUUAAUACCAUGCACAGUCGCAGCCCGGACUUUCGCGUAGUGUGUGGGAUUGAUGGCUGCUCGAGUGAGUACCAGGUGUAUAACUCCUUCUACUAUCACGUAAAGCGAACGCACGCGCACCAUCUUCUCCAAGUUCAAGAAACCGAGGAGGUCGGAUCGUCUGGCCAGCGUUUACCAGAGGCACAGGAGAGGACAGCCACAACCAACCGGACUGAUGAUAAUAAUCCUGCAGUCGAGGUUGAUGGGACACAUGGAACACAUGAAUUGCAAGAACCUGCCCAGGGUUGCAUGAAGGCUAACCUUUCUAAACAUGCAACUGCAUUUCUUCUCCAGGCCAGAGAAACCCAGAGACUGACACAGAGAGCUGUUAACCAGAUUGUGAGUGGAGUCCAGCAAUAUCAAACAGCAUUAUUGGAGCACCUGAGUCAUCAAAUGAAGAGCAUCUUUGAGAGUCAUUCUGGAGACCUGGAUCAACUAAAGAGUCAUGCAAUGAGCAUAUUUGACCAGUUUGUUGACCCUUUUAGCCAGAUUGCUACAACACAUUUGCAGGACAAGACCAUCAAAGAACUGUUACAUCCAGUUGAACCAGAACUUGUUACUGCAAAACAAAUAGUGUCUUAUGUGAAGCGUGGAGAUUCCAGAGUUCUUGCCAUAAAAAAACAUUGUUUUUACUACAUACCAUUAGUUAAAAGUUUGGAGCAGCUGCUUUCACAUCCUAAAAUUCUUGAAAUGAUCAAUGAGGGGCCAGAGUCCUGCAAGGAUGUUUUUUUUAAUGAUUUCAUUGAUGGGGACAUUUUUAAGUCACACCCUCUGUUUUUGAAAGUUCCCACAGCAUUGCAGUUAAUUUUAUAUACAGAUGAAAUUGAGCUUUGCAAUCCUCUUGGUUCUCGUGCAAACAAAAACAAAUUGUUAUUGAUUUAUUACACCUUAGGUAACAUCAACGCUAAAUACAGAUCAAGACUCGCUGCCAUUCGUCUGCUUGCCAUGGUAAAAUCUAAAGAUCUUUCCUGUAUUGAUAAAAUACUUGAGAGGAUUAACCAUGAUUUGAUCGAGCUGUAUAAUGGUGUUCGGGUUGAUACUUCAAAUGGCGAGAGGACAAUUUAUGGGGCACUUUUGUCUGUGUGCGGAGACACUCUUGCUCAACAUGAAGUGGCUGGAUUUAAGGAAGGAGUUGGGUUUGCCUACAGUAAAUGUAGGCACUGUGAAUGCAACUUCGAAGAUAUGCAAAAUAAAUUUAAUGAAGAUUUGUUUGUGAAAAGGACAAUGGCAAGACAUAACAGGCAAUGCAGUGACAUUGAAAAAGCAAGUACUGAUUUCCUAAGAGAACAUCUAAAAACAACAUUUGGUAUAAACAGGAGAAGUAAAUUAACAGAAUUUCCCCACUUUGAUAUCAUUAAUCAAACACCACAGGACAUCAUGCAUGUUAUUCUCGAAGGUGUUGCCCCAUAUGAAAUCAAAUGUGUUUUGAAGCAUCUUGUACUUUCCGGACAUAUGGAUUUAGACACAUUUAAUAGUGGAAUUAUUGGUUUCCCUUACUCUCCUGUAGAUAUGAGGGACAAGCCUUGUCCCAUAUCUGUUACUACACUUUCAUCCAAUGACAAUAAACUUAAACAAUCAGCGGGGCAGAUGCUGGUUCUGUUAAAGAUUCUGCCAUUUCUCAUUGACACAACUGGAGAAAAUGCUCACACACAAUUGCUACUUAAGUUGUUGGAGAUAGUUAAAAUUCUGUUUUCACCUAUUAUUGCACUCGCAACUCUUCCUAGGCUGAAGCUUUUAAUUGAGCAGCAUUUAAGACAUUUCAAACAGCUGUUUCCAGAUUUAAAUAUUAUACCUAAACAACAUUACCUGCUGCAUCUUCCCUCCCAGAUUAAAGCACUUGGUCCUACUGUUAGGCAUAUGUGUAUGCGUUUUGAGUCAAAGCAUUGCUUUUUCAAGCAGUGGGCUAUAAAAAGUAGUUUUAAGAAUAUUUGUAAAUCUCUUGUGAAGCACAACCAACUGUAUGAAUGUAGUCAGAAUGUGCAUGACAAACAUCCUAUUUUUUGUAAUGACAUUGAAAUAGGCCCAACAUCUGAGGUGAAAAAUGUUCACUACGUAGAAGGAAAGAUCAAACAAUUCUUAGGAAUAGAGCAAGUUGAACAUGUAGUGUGUGCCCAGUGGAUUGCUCAAUAUGGAAAUAGGCAUACAUGUGGAAAAUCUUUGGUUAUUUCUAAUGUUUUCAAUAAUACCCCAGAGUUUGCAGUUGUGAAAAACAUCUUUAUUGUAAAUGAAUCAGUGUUUUGUUUUGAAUGUCAACCUCUCUCUACAAUUGGUUGGAAUGAACAGUAUUUAUCCUAUGAGGUAGAGAUUCCUCACCUUGCACAAGCCAAUAUUUUUUUGAAUUCUGAAAACUGUGUGGAUUUUACACCAUACUAUUAUGUUAACUUUAAUAAUGGCAUAUUCAUUCCAGUGAAGUAUGAUCUCACCGACAUCAUGGCAUGUCACUCUUAAUAUGCAAUCCAUCAACUGUUGCCAUAAUGCAUAAUGCUGCAACUGUGACGCUUUUGACCUGCAAAUUCAAUA